AUUAAGCAUUUUUGUAUUCUACUUCAGUGAGUUGGAUGACUUCGUUGGAUUGAGUUUCUCCACAAUUUCAUCAGUUGGUCCGAAUGCUUCAGUGAUUCACUACACUCCAACACCAGAAACUGACCGUCACAUUACUACUGAUGAGGUCUAUCUGUGUGAUUCUGGUGGUCAAUAUAAGGAUGGAACAACAGAUGUGACUCGUACCCUGCACUUUGGCACCCCAACUAAAUUUAUGCAGGAAUGCUACACAAGAGUUCUAAAGGGAUUGAUAAGUGUGGCAACAUGUACCUUCCCCACAAAGAUCAAGGGAAACUGCUUAGAUUCUCUUGCUCGAAAAUCAUUAUGGGAUGUUGGCCUUGAUUAUGGUCAUGGUACUGGCCAUGGAAUAGGGAUGUACCUUAAUGUUCACGAAGGUCCGAUGGGAAUAUCUUGGCGCUCAUACCCAGAUGAUCCUGGUCUUCAAGAAAACAUGUUUCUCUCAGAUGAACCUGGAUAUUAUGAAGACGGGAAGUUUGGCAUUCGUAUUGAGAAUAUUGUAAGGAUUGUGAAGGCUGAGACUCCUCAUAACCACCAGGACCGAGGCUUCCUUACUUUCAAGACUGUCACUUUAGUUCCCAUCCAGACCAAGCUCAUUUAUCCAUCUAUGAUGACAGCAAAUGAGAUUGAGUGGCUUAACAGUUAUCAUGCUGAAUGUCGAGAAAAGGUGGGAGAGCUCUUACUACUGCAAGGACACAAGGAGGCUUAUGAUUGGCUUGUUCGCGAAACUGUACCAAUUGGUUAGGUACUGUGUGAUUAUUUUUUAGGGAAUUUGAACAUCAAAUAAUUUCAAAGGUAACAUUUUCUUGGGUAAUUCAGGGUGAUACCCAAACUCUUUUCAUAUACAUGUACAGUAUUUCUGAGGUGGCCUCUCUGUAGCUCUCCAGGGCUUACAGCUCUCAUACCACAGACACACAAGUACUGCCACACCUCUGGACUUCAACAGGCUUGGCCGAGACUGGGAUCAAUAUUUGGUUCACUAGUCAAGAUGAGGAAAGCCUUGCAAUUUAAAGAUUAACCCAAAAAGUGAGAAAAACUACAUGGAUAUUAUAGGUCAAUCCAAAAAGAGAGAAAAUUAAUUGGAAACUAAAGGGGAAGCAAAAUAGAAGAAAAGUAAAAAAAAAAAAAAAAACAAUGAUUGGCUGCAGAUAAAUAAUCUCCAAGUUAACUCGACUGAACAGCAACCCUGGUUGCAGUAGCUUUUGGCCUCUGCCUUAGAAGUGGCAGUUCUGGGAUUUUUCCCAUGUAAACAGGGGCUCUUAUUGGUUGGUGCUCUUCUGCCAUGAGUAGCUUUUUAGGCUUGUUUCCCCCCAUUGCCAAUGGUUAGUCUUUUGUUCUGAAGUUUUGUUCCAUUAUCCCAUAUGUCAGGAGAAUUUGUGUCCUGUGAUGGAUGUUCCAUUGGUGGAGGAUUGCUUUAGUUGGUUCUGCCUCAUGCAGAUAGAGGGUCUUUUCACCACUUGCCAUGUUCUCCUUCAAUAGAUGAAUCCAUGUUCUCAAUAGUGAGCCUUUGGCUCACUUCCAGGGUCAGGGUUAAGCUUGGUGUGUAGCUGGGCCUUUUCCAAGGGGGGCCUGAGGAGUUCCAGUUGCUACUUUUCUACCCUUCAUGGACUUUGCAACCCUUUGUAAAGGGUCAUUUGCGCAGGGGAAUCAUUUUCGUAUCCUCCCUCCAUAUACGUGUUGGAUUGCUUUGCUGCUUUCCCCCUGUUUUGAUUCUAGGUCUCAUUUGUUGCCUCAGUCCUCAUAUUUUUGGUCUCUGUCUUCUUGCUUGGCACCUUCUGUGAUCUAUACGGGGCCUCGUAGCCUGGUGGAUAGCGCGCAGGACUCGUAAUUCUGUGGCGCGGGUUUGAUUCCCGCACGAGGCAGAAACAAAUGGGCAAAAGUUUCUUUCACCCUGAAUGCCCCUGUUACCUA